CGAGACCGGAAGCUAGGCAAAUCUCGCGAGGCCAGGCGGAGCGGAGCCGGGCGCUCUUGUGCAGUGUGGAGGUCGUUUGAGUCACCUGCUCACCGCCAGCUCCUUCGCUCGCCGGCCCGUGCCCCGCCCGCCCAGCCAUGCUCUCCGCCCUCGCCCGGCCUGCUGGCGCUACUCUCCGCCGCGGCUUCAGCACCUCGGUCCAGAACAAUGCUAAAGUAGCUGUGCUGGGGGCUUCUGGAGGAAUUGGGCAGCCCCUUUCACUUCUCCUGAAGAACAGCCCCUUGGUGAGUCGCCUGACCCUCUACGAUAUUGCCCACACCCCUGGAGUAGCUGCUGAUCUGAGCCACAUCGAGACAAGAGCAAAUGUGAAAGGCUACCUCGGACCUGACCAGCUGCCAGACUGCCUGAAAGGCUGUGAUGUGGUGGUUAUUCCAGCAGGAGUCCCAAGAAAACCAGGCAUGACGCGGGACGAUCUGUUCAACACCAAUGCCACCAUCGUGGCCACCCUGGCUGCUGCCUGUGCCCAGCAUUGUCCUGAAGCCAUGGUGUGCGUCAUUGCAAAUCCAGUUAACUCCACCAUCCCGAUCACAGCGGAGGUCUUCAAGAAGCACGGCGUGUACAACCCCAACAAAAUCUUUGGUGUGACGACCCUGGACAUCGUCAGGGCCAAUACUUUUGUGGCAGAGUUGAAGGGUUUGGAUCCAGCUCGAGUUAAUGUUCCUGUCAUUGGUGGCCAUGCUGGGAAGACCAUCAUCCCCCUGAUCUCUCAGUGUACCCCCAAAGUGGACUUUCCCCAGGACCAGCUGACUGCCCUGACUGGGCGCAUCCAGGAGGCAGGCACCGAGGUGGUCAAGGCGAAAGCUGGUGCAGGCUCCGCCACCUUGUCCAUGGCCUACGCAGGGGCCCGGUUUGUCUUCUCCCUUGUGGAUGCCAUGAAUGGAAAGCAGGGAGUCAUUGAAUGCUCCUUUGUGAAGUCACAGGAGACGGACUGCACCUACUUCUCCACACCCUUAGUGCUGGGGAAAAAGGGCCUGGAGAAGAACAUGGGCAUCGGCAAGGUCUCCUCCUUUGAAGAGAAGAUGAUCGCCGAGGCGAUUCCCGAGCUGAAGGCCUCCAUCAAGAAGGGCGAAGACUUUGUAAAGAACAUGAAAUGAGAAAGCAGUUGCAGUCCUCGGUUUCCUUAAUUUAUUAAGGCAUCAUGUCACUGUACAGCCAGUUUGGAUACCUUUGUAUUUGAAUUUGCUUUGAUGAUGUUUCUUGCUGUAACAUUAUCAUCAUCCCUUCCAAACUGGCGGUUGCCCCAUUGGUACAUCAAUAAAAGUGAUCUUUGAUUUACUUUUUCAAGGUCCUCUCUG